AUGCCUCACAAACACAGACGCGUGGAGGAGGAUGAUACCCAGUUCAACCUUCCGCCCAACGUCCACGCCGCUCCCCUCGCCGUCGGCAAGGCGCGCACCUUCAGCACAGCUACCAAAGGCAAAAAGCGCAAAGUAAACCAAGUCGAAGGUUAUGGCGCAGACGACACCCCCAAGGCCUUCCAGCGGCUCAUGGCCUUCUCCCAGGGCGGAAAGAAGCGCUCAGGGCUCGACGACGGCACGGUGAAAAGCAAGAAGCAGAAGAAGCAAGCCGCAGCUGAGGCAUUGGAGAAGGACGAUGCAAACAACAAGAGCGAGGAGCAGGUGCAACCAACUACCGCACUGAAAAUACAACCUGGAGAGUCGAUGCACGAAUUCCGCGCGCGAGUUGACGCAGCGUUGCCCAUGUCAGGCAUCACUAAGUCCGGCAAAAAGGUCGCUGGUGUCAGCGAUCACAGAGUCACCAAGCACGAACGACAUCUCAAACGUCUACAAAAGGGAUGGAGGGAAGAAGAAGCGCGGAUACGAGAGAAGGAGAUGGAGGCAGCGGAAUUGGCAGAAGAAGAACAAGACGAGCUGGAUGCCAUGUGGGAAGACAAGACAUCCGACUUGCCAACUACACGAACAGUCAACGGCAAGACGAAGAAGGCGAAGAAGAACAAACGCAGGAAGCUGGCGGGCGAGAUAGACAAUGGCAGCGAAGACGAGUGGGAAGCUCUUAAGAAGAAGAGAGAGGAACGGAAGGGCUUGCACGACAUAGUUCAUGCACCGCCAACUUUCGACAAGGUGCCGAGAGAGAUCUUCAAGGUCAAGAACGGUGCAGGCGCCAAAGUCGGAAAUGUCCCCAAACUGGCUGGUAGCUUGAGGAAAAGGGAGGAGUUGGGCGAGGAGCGUCAGAAGAUGAUUGACAAGUAUCGUGAGAUGAUGGCUGCCAAGAGGGGGACGCAGGAGUGA